AUGUUAGAAUAUACUGGACAGACUAAAGCAAACUCAGAAGGAGUUCACACAGUAGUAGACUCAGACUUAGAAAGUUGUCUGAGAAGACCUAAGUCUGCUUCAGAGCAGGAUUAUAGAAAACUUUUCGAAAUAACAAAACACUGUUUUAAUCAAAAAACACCUUAGGCAACUUGUGAUGAGAUUCCUGAAUUUGAUUCAUAGGAUGAUUCCUUUUUAUUAAGGCCCUCUCUGUGUACAAAUAAAUCAAGCAGAUAAAGCUAUGAAAUUGUAAAGGAAGAAAAACAAUCAGAAAAAGAACUGAUAACUCCUUUGAAUGAGAAAGAUAAGCAUCUAAUAGUGAAGAGCGAUCAGGGGCUAUGUAAAUUGUAAGGGAUUAAAAUGAAAAGUGGAGGAUUUUACAAAGGAUAUUGGUACAGAAGAAAGCCUCACCAUAUGGGGGAAUACCUAUUUGCUGAUUAAAGCAGAUAUCUAGGAGAUUGGAAUAAUGGUUACGCAAGUGGAAGGGGAGAAUACUUUGAUGCUGAUGGAGGCCACUAUCAAGGAGAAUUUUAUUAAAACUGUAUGUAAGGGACUGGAGUUUACAAAUACGCCGAUGGAACAAUCUACAAUGGUAUGGUUUAUCCUUAUCAUUAAGGUUAAUGGAUGAAUGAUAAAUAUCACGGAGUAGGAAUCGAAACAAAAAAUGACAGCCAGUAUAAGGGCAAAUUUCAGAAUGGCUUAAAACAUGGUUAGGGGACUAUGGUAUUUUUCAACUAAGAAAAGUAUCAAGGAUCAUUUGUAAAUGGACUGUUUGAAGGGAAAGGAGUUUUAAUUUGGCCAGAUGGAAGAAGAUAUGAAGGAGAUUGGUAAAAAGGGGUGAUGCAUGGUUAGGGGAUGUUGCAAUGGCCAGAUGGUCGUCUCUAUAUAGGAUAGUAUGAAAAUGAUAAAAGAUAAGGAUUCGGAACAUUCCAAUAUCCUGAUGGUCGUAAAUAUGCAGGUUAUUGGAUGAAUGGUUUAUAACAUGGAUCAGGAGAGUUUACUGAAUAUCAUGGUUAAAUUAUGAAGGGAGUUUGGAGAGAAGGCAAACUAUUUUCGCAUUAUUGA